CCACAGCCUCAUCCAACACACACACACACAGAGUGUCAGAGCCAGCAGGCAGUGGGCUCUACACUCAGCAACUUCCUAAAGGGAAACUUUUACAACUUACACCUUUAAAAAAUACAGGAGCUGCUGCUUUAACUCUGUCUGGGGAGCUUUUUAGCCAACGCUGGGUUUCAGGAGCCACUUUUACUUCUACGUGGACCAUCAUGUCAUCACCCUGCCGGAGGAUGGCUUUACUCGGCUCGACUCUACCCACUUCUGCUGGUUUCAGUGGGUUGGCCAACAGCGUGCAGGGCGAAAGCUGCAGGAGGAAAUGCUCUCGAAGUGUCUGGGGUGGCGUGAUGAAUAGAGGAAGUGUGAGGAGUCACGCUAGAUCGAGCUAGAGGCGAAGGAAGAACCUUCAGACCAUGAUGCCCACAAUGCACCCCAUCCACCAGACCAUGUUCUCUGGACCCUGAAGGAUGUGACCGGACUGCUCCACUGUCUUCAGGAUGACCAUGAGGAGGCUCUGUCGGGCCCUGCCUUUCGCCCUGGUGACCACCUGCGUCUUCGGCAUUUUCCUGCACUUGCAGAUGCGAACCAAGGACAGCCCGAAGCUCCCCAGUGAAGGGAUGCAGGGGAGAAUCAAACCUCUGAGGCUGCAGGACAUUUUCAUCGCAGUGAAGACCACGGGCCGUUUCCACGGCAGUCGCCUCGCGCUCCUGCUGGACACGUGGAUAUCCAAGACCAAGGGGCAUACAUAUAUCUUCACAGAUACUGUAGAUGAGGACAUCAGCUCUAGAGGGUUUAACAUAAUUGUUACUGCUUGUUCUCCUGAACACAGCCAUCAGGCUCUGUCCUGCAAGAUGGCUGCAGAAUAUGACCACUUCAUGGACUCUGAUAAAGAGUGGUUGUGUCACGUGGAUGAUGAUAACUAUCUGAACCCGAAGCCUCUGCUGGACAUUCUCUCCACGUUCACUCCAGACACGGACGUUUACAUCGGCAAACCCAGCCUGGACCGACCAAUGAGGGCAGUGGAGCUGCUGCAGGGGAACAAGACCCGAGAGGUGAGCUUCUGGUUUGCUACAGGAGGAGCAGGAUUCUGCCUCAACAGGAAACUGGCCGAGAGGAUGGCUCCAUGGGCCAGUGGUCCCAGGUUCGAGCAGACCUCCGCUGUAAUCAGGUUGCCUGAUGACUGUGCCAUGGGUUUUAUCGUGGAGAAGCGGCUGGGUGUCUCCAUGAUCCACAGCAACCUGUUCCACUCGCACCUGGAGAACCUGCUGCUGCUCACACCCAGAGAUAUACCAAGACAGGUUACUCUGAGCUACGGAGUGUUUGAAAACAAAAUGAACACUGUGGAGGUGAUGGGGGCAUUCAGUAAGGAUAAGGAUCCUUCCAGGUUUAGAACAGUCCACUGUCUGCUGUACCCGUUAACCAGCUGGUGUCCAUCACCCUGAUACACACCCAGACACCAGGAACCAUACACACAAGGGUUCUAAUGUCAAACCGAUGAUUUAUCAGAUUUCUGCCUUAUUUAAGAUGAUCUUACAGACAGGAACCGAUCCUCGAUCAGCACUCCAAAUCUGAGAAGCUCAGGCCAAGAACUCCCAGGAGACAAACACGUGUAGAGAAUGGACAGAGAACAUGAUCAUUCUCUCCUGGUUCUAGACCUUUUUUCCCUGGAGAGGAAGCUCACACUUCUAGAAUAUGAACUACACUAUUCCUAAAGGAGAACCAUACAGUUCCUAAGGGAGAGCCACACAUUUCCUAGUGGAGAACUAUAUACGUCCUGAAGGAGAACCAUGCAUUUCCUUUAGAACAAUCUCCAUAUUGAUGGAGAAUGUGUUGAAUACACCUCUAUAUAGAACCUUUUUGAAAAUGGUUCCAUAUAGCACCAAAAAGGGUUCUUCAAUGUUACAAGCUUGACAUCGUAAUGAUAGCUGAACC